AUGCUCGCAGCUGGCUAAACAGGGAUACAUCUGCACUUUCACUGAGGGAGGGUGUACUGUUAGAAAGGGUGAAGCUGUGGUGAUGGAGGCAAAGUUGGACAAGGGUUUAUACCUUGUUCCAGCUUCUGCCUAGAACCUCAUUCCCUAUCUCCUCUAAUCAUGCCUCGACUCCCCUUGAGCUGGUGCACACGGAUGUGUGUGGACCGAUGCAAACUCUUGACCGGGAAAAGGGCAGCAGAUACUUUGUCACCUUUCUUGAUGACUUCAGUCGACUUAGCUGGGUCAUCUUGGUGAAGACCAAGGAUGAGGUGGCAAAGGUGUUUAAGCGGUGGAUACGCUAUGUGGAGAGGGAGUCAGGGCCAAGGUGAAGGUGUUAAGGUCAGAUCGGGGUGGAGAGUACCUUGGGAAAGAACUUCAAACCU